CCAAGACAAAAUGAGAAUGUUUUUUGGGUCCUGGUUUGUGUUGAUCUUGCUGUCACGGGGCACCCUCGGAAUUCAAGACGGAGUCGACGCGCGGUUUGAGUUGUGGAGUUUCAUGGCCUCCCUGUGGAUUAACGGGCAUCACGAGUGCGGAGGGACCGUCAUCGAUAAUCGAAUUAUCCUGACAGCCGCCCAGUGUGUAGCAGAUAUUCCGCUGAAAAAUUUAUCUGUACGCGUGGGCACAGUAGAUAUAUAUAAAGGUGGCAGUAUUAUCGCGGUAACUGCAAAAAUUGUGCAUGAAAAAUAUCGUGAGUUGAACAACGAUAUUGCCCUUCUAUGGCUAAAGACAUCUGCCGUAUCCGAUAGAGUGGCCAAAGCUCCACUGACCAUUAAAGAACCCGCUGAACGCGAAUUCCCAAGCAACGCAGGAUGGGGCGAGAGGCAACUGGAGUCCUACGAUGCGCCCAGAAAGCUUCAAAACGGAGUCACCAAAAUCCAUCUGCGAAAGUUUUGCAGUGAUGAGCUUAUUGAAACGAUUGGCGAUAACCUUCUUUGCUCCUAUUACACGCAAAACGACAUUUGUCCAGGCGACUAUGGAGGUCCCCUGAUCCUGGGCAACAAACUAGUCGGCAUCGCCAUCCAAGGACAUGGCUGUGGAUAUGUCAAUCUGCCCUCCAUCUACACGAAUGUGUUCCAUUAUCUUAAAUGGAUUGAUGACAAUUCCAAAAAGAUCAGGAAAAAUAAAUAGAGUUAUACAAAUAAUAAUGAUAAUAAUAAAUCUUUAUUUUUAGAUAAUUAACAACAUUAAGUUUUAAAAGUAUAUACGGUAAUAUUAACAUUAGUAAAUUGUAGUUUAUUUCUAUCAUUAAAACUAAUGGUUUUAUACCUGUUUAUCAGCAGCAGAAUUUUCAGUUAUAUU